GUCGUUAUUUUGUAAACAUGGAAAACAACAUUGAGAAAACCUUGAAAGAGAAAAGAAAAUCCUGCGAACAAAGGAACUCUAGAAGCAGAAAGAAGAUUGUGAACAGCAUCAAUGCGGGAGUCGUCAGAAAGAAGGUCUUCGAGUAUUAUGAGACCGAAAAGGAAGUGCCGACGCUCGGUGAGUUAGCUGAUAUGUUAGAAGAAAACGGGCUCCUGUUCGAACCCAAACAAUUGAAAAAGCUGUUACAUGACCUCGGUUAUCGUUAUACACGAUGCCAGUCACCGUCACGUAGGCAUAUUCUUGGCGAGAAACAUACUCUUGGUUAUAAGCGUAUCAAAUAUAUCCGAAAAAUCCGGGAAUGCAGGGCCGAAAAUCGGAACGUAUAGGUAUUUCAUGCAUGAUACUUACAUGGAGGCUAGCGACGUAGCCAAGGGUCGUUGUCUUAGAAUUGACUUACCAGCUAAGAUUUCGAAAAAGGAACGCUUGGUAAUACUUCAUGCCGGCGGUAAAAACGGUUUGAUUAGCGGUACCUUCACUACGAUUAAAGCUGACUAUGAAUUUGAUGAUCAUUUCAGUGAAGUGAACACUCCUAAAUUUGAAAAAUGGGUGACUGACAAUUUAAAGGAUAAGUUUGAACCAAACUCUGUGAUCUGUAUUAGCAGCCCGAGACACCACAGCAUUCAAAAGCACAAAAAACCAAAAAGUAUUUUAACGACUAAAACUGAUAUGCAGAACUGGUUGAAGAUACAUAAUGUUGAAUAUAAGGAGGAUUUAGAAAAGAUAUUUCUGCUACAGCUUAUUAGUAAGACUCGUUCGGAACCGGUUUACGCUGUUGAUGAGGCGCUGAAAUCCCUCGGGCAUACUGUCUUGCGCAUCCCUCCUAUUCAUGCAGACCUUAAUCCACUUGAAUAUGUCUGGGAAGAUAUCAGGAAAAAGGUAGCAGAUAGUCAUGGUAACGCAUCUGUGGAUGACAAGAGAAGAACCUGGAUGAAAUUGUAUUCCGAAUAUCCUCUCGCCGAAUACCAGAAGUGGGUGGAUCUUGUCAAAAACACUGAGAAUGAGUACUAUGACAUGAUGUACAAAUUGGAUGAAAUAGUUGAUGAUAUAAUUGGGAGGUAUGCAAAAGAUUUGAACUCGGACUCUGAAGAUUGGACGACCGAUAACAGUGAGGAGUCAGAGUCGGAUUCUGACUUUUAGAUAUUCUUCUCAAAGAGUU